UUCUGUCUUUGAAGUUUGUUUUUAAUCAUUUUCGACAAUUUUUUUUUAACUUUUAAAUGUACGAAUUACUUGAAGAAGAGCAGUUACUUAUUCGUAGGAAGCCAAAAUUGCGUCAAAGUACGAGGCGAAAGGUGUUGGAGUACAAUCCGAGUCAUGGUUUGGGAUAUUAUACGACAGUCCGGGACUUCAAGGAGCUUUUUCACAUUGAAAAUGUUGGUCCAACGGAAAUUCCGAGAGUUGUGCGACAUGAAGAUCGGUUUUUCAGGACAUUUAUGAGAUUCAUGAAGCAUAAAUUGAGGAAACCUUGUGCUUAUUUGUGUGAUAUUUGGCUUUUAUUGACACUCGUGGCUUUUAUUUGUGCUUGUUUGUGUUUUACGAUAAACGAAUGCAUCAAAGAAGGAUUGAAAAUUCGUCACUUUCUAUUGAGCAUUGUAGCUACCCAAAGUGCCAAAUAUGCGGUUUGGAUGAUGUUAACGAUCUUUCCAAUAUGGUUCGCGACCAAAUUUGUUCAAAUCGUAGCGCCCCAAAGUGCCGGAUCGGGCAUUCCUGAACUCAAAGCCAUCAUCAAAGGUAUCGAAGUGAAGAAUUUUCUCACUGUCGAGUGUCUUUUCGCCAAACUCGUCGGGUUAUUAGCUGUUUUAGCGGUUUCUUUCCCUCUUGGCAAGGAAGCUACGUUCAUCCAUAUCGCCGCCAUCUUGGCUCAUCUUUUAAACACGAAAUCAUCAAAAUCUGACGUUUUUACGAGUGAACUGAAACAACGGGAUAUCCUCGUCUCAGCAAGCGCCAUCGGUCUAUCUUCAGCAUUAAUUUCCCCGAUUGGCGGAUUUCUCUUCGUAAUUGAGCUAAAUUCGAUUUAUUUCUCGAUCCGACAUUAUUGGCAUGGAUUUUUCGGAUCAAUUAUCGCCGUUGUCAUCAUUUCCUUCCUUUAUUCGUCGUUUUAUGACAUUCCCAAUAUCAUGCCGUAUUACGCGAGUAAAUUUAAAGUUGAGUUUUCGUACGAUGGGCAAGAACUGCUUUUGUAUCUGCUGCUCGGGAUUAUUUGCGGACUCGGAGGAUCUUUGUAUGUUUUUGUGAAAAAGCGGUACGCGUUAUUUUUAAAAAGGAAUUCGAUAGUUUCGAAUUGUAUUCAGAAAUAUUGUUGUCCUUAUGCGGUUUUGAUAAGUGCGGUUAUUGCAACGUUGACGUUUCCGCAAGGCUUGGGGAGGUAUUUGGCAGUUGAGAUUGACUCGCAUCAGCAAAUUGAGGAGCUUUUUAGUAAUUUUACGUGGAUGAAGGAGAAUUAUACGGCGCAUGAGAGGAAUAUUUUGAAGAAUUGGGUUGUCGAUGGGAGUUCGUUUGCCUGUGUGGGAGCAUUAGGACUUUAUACGUUCAUUUUUUCGAUAAUUGCAUCAACAAUGACAAUUCCCGGAGGACUUUUGACCCCUGUGAUGAAAAUUGGCGCCUGCAUUGGAAGAAUUCUCGGCGAAAUUAUCAACUUUUAUUGGAUGCCUAUCUAUCCGGGAGCUUUUGCAAUUGCUGGCGCUGCUGCAUUUUCUGGCUCCGUCACUCACAUGGUAUCAAUGGCAAUAAUCGCUUUCGAGAUCACGGGACACAUCACACACAUCCUACCCAUCAUGAUUUCCGUCAUCACAGCAAUUUCCAUCGCUUUUUUACUGCAACUCUCGCUCCAUGACACAAUAAUGCUCCUCAAAGGUCUCCCUUACUUGCCGAAUCUCAUGACUUGCGGAUCGAAACUUCAACGAAUUUACGUCGAGGAUUUCAUGAUAAAAGAUGUCAAGUACAUUUGGAACGGCAUGUCGUACCACAAUUUGCAAAAAGUCCUUCAACGAAAUCCGCAAAUCGAUCAAUUUCCGCUCGUUGAUCACGAAACGAUGGUUUUGCUCGGAUCGAUUCAACGCGAAGAGCUGAUGAACGUCAUUGAGCGUCAAAUUGGGCACGCGAAACGUCUUUGCGAAGCGGAUAAUUGGAUGAAAUUCACCGCGAAUUCGCCAAAUGCGGGAAAUUACGGAAGUUUUGAGAAAACUUUUGCAUCUCCAAGGAGAGUCACGAUGAUGUCGCCGGUUCAGAAGCAACAAUGGCGCUCUCAGAAGUUGGUUCAGUGCGUGAAUUUCUUCGAAAAUGAAGUUACGAUAGAUCCGGCGCCAUUUCAACUCGUCGAAGGCACGUGCUUGUUUCAAGUUCACUCGCUUUUUGUCAUGGUUGGCGUUCAUUUGGCUUACGUGACGCAAGUUGGGCAACUUGUGGGCGUUGUUGGGUUAAGGGAUUUACGAGCGGCAAUGGAAAGUGCGAAAAAUGACGAAAGUCAGCAAGAGUCGUUAUUGGAAGAAGAAGAGACAGAGACUGAAAUUGAGUAA